AUGUUCCUGAUUGUGGCAUUUUAUUGCAGAGUUGAUGACAAUAGAUGCGUGAACUCCAAAGGUCAGGAAAUUGAAACUGGUCAAGAUAUCAUGGAUGGCCAGGAACAAAUGGAGUUGAAGUUCAGUGGGAGUAGUGAAGUUGGUGGUCUGGAACUGUGCAUUGUGUGCGGUGACAGAGCUUCUGGGAGACAUUAUGGUGCAAUAAGUUGCGAGGGAUGUAAAGGAUUCUUCAAGCGGUCCAUCCGCAAGAAAUUAGGCUACCAGUGUCGCGGUAGCAUGAACUGUGAGGUAACCAAGCACCAUCGCAACCGAUGCCAGUACUGCCGCCUACAGAAGUGUUUAGCAUGCGGGAUGAGAAGUGACUCGGUCCAGCAUGAGCGCAAACCCAUUGUGGACAAAGCCAAAGCUGGGGAACGAGAUGGCAUGCACGAUAGACAAGCAGCCUACUCCAAAUUCUUAGGAUUAACAGGACAGGGGCAACCAGGACAGGUAGCUCCUAAAGAAGAGCCCAAUGAGGGAUUCGGCGCCGUGUCCCCUGCCGCGCCCGCCAUCAACUUCGCCCUCGCAGCCGCCGUUGCAUUCAACAAAGGCAAUCCAGUGCCUCCAUACCUAGCUCCGGGUAACCCAGGUGACAUUGAGGGCGCUAGGCGUCAACAUCUGAUGUUGCAAACACAACUCGCCAAAAAUCUUUUUAAGAUUGGACAGUUUGGUGCAAUUAAUGACUAUAUUCAAUCGACGUAUGGCGCCACUCCACCAGAAGUACCUCUAGCAGCUUUACACGCUGCUGCCGAAACACAACAGUCGGAAGAGAGCGAGGCGCUGCUGCUGGGCGCCCUGUCGCUGAGCGUGGCGCUGCCUGCGCCGGCGCCGCCGCACCUGCGCCUGCACGCCGCGUGCGAGGCGGGCGCGCGCCUGCUCGCCGCCAUCGCGCGCUGGUUCAAGAGCGUGCCGGCCGCCGCCACCCUGCCAUACGAAAUACAAGUGACACUUCUGAAGAAAUGCUGGCCGGAGUUGUUUGUCCUGUCGCUAACGAUGUACUCGCAGCAGCUGUCUCUUAACACACUCCUGCCGCAGAUGGAGAACCACCUGCAGUCCAUGCUGAGGGAGAGGGCCACCAACGACUGUGUUGACAGGUCCAGUGACCUGAACAUGCCAGAGGUGUGUGCGGCGGACUACUCGGAGUGGCGCGUGGCGGAGGUGAGCGCGUCGCUGGCGCGGCUGCAGCAGCUCGUGGCGCGCGCAGACGCGCUGCGCCUCACCGAGCGCGAGCACGCACACAUGCGCGCGCUCGUGCUCUUCUCGCCCGAUGGUGUAACCGACAUUUUAACCCGUAAACUUCACGACUACCAAAUCAAAGUGCUCCGUUCUCUCCGCUCCUGCUGUCAACCGGACGAGGAUCGCUUAGCCACCCUCUUGCUCCAGCUGCCGGUACUGAGAUCGUUCCCGGGGCCUUUCAUAGAGGACGUAUUCUUCGUGGGCUUCGUGGGCGAUGUCAGUAUUGAUGACGUCAUACCGCAGUUGUUAAACAACGAGCAUUAA